UGAACAAGUCACGUUACACUCUCAGUUGUUUUUUGUCUGUUGUUUUUCUUGUGUUAUUGAACGUGAAAAUGUAAAAAAGAUGAAGUGUGUGCUCAUAUUACUCCUCUGCUGCCAUGCUGCAUCUCCGGAUGAACUGCUGGACUUCCGGGCCAGCAGGUUUAGGGAAGUCGUUCAUGGGGUCACAUCUUGACCCCCCCCCCUCCCUGAAGUUUUUCUUCACUGAAACCCCUGGAGCUCAGAGCAUCCCUGAGUAUGUGGCUGUUGCAGUUGUUGAUGAAGUUCCUAUAGGUGAGUUCAACAGUGCAAGAGGAGUAGAGCCAAAGAAAAACUGGAUUAAAUUCUUUAAGGAUCAUCCUGAGCACCUGGAGUGGUGUAUAUUACAAUCUGUGGAUAGACAUCACUUCUUGAAGGCUACCAUUGAGACUUUGAGGCAACGUUUAAACCAAACUGAAGGUGUUCAUAUUUUGCAAAUGAUGAAUGGCUGUGAAUGGGAUGAUAAGACUGGAGAGAUUAAUGGGUUCAAUCAGUAUGGUUAUGAUGGAGAAGACUUUCUAGCGUUUGACCUGCAGACACUGACAUGGAUCACUCCAAAACCACAGGCUGUCAUCACCAAAAUGAAAUGGGAUGCUCAAAAAGUUCGAGUAGAAGCAAAUAAAAACUUUGUUGGUAAUCAGUGCCCUGAGUUUUUAAAGGAGUAUUUGCGAUAUGGAAGGAGAUUUCUGCAGACAGCAGUCAGCUGCCACGCUACAGGUUUCUAUCCUGACAGAGCCGUGAUGCUCUGGAGGAAAGAUGGAGAGGAGAUUCAUGAAGGUGUGGAUCCUGGAGAGAUCCUCCCCAACAAUGAUGAGACCUUCCAGAUGAGUGUUGAUCUGAAACUUUCAUCAUUCACUACUGAAGACUGGGAGAGGUACGACUGUGUGUUUCAGCUCUCUGGUGUGAACGAGGACAUUGUAACCAAACUGGACAAAACAGUGAUCAGGACCAACUGGGCAGAGAAGCCAGCUGACACUGUGACCUUCAUCAGUGCUGCAGUGGUUGUUCUAACUGUCACCAUCAUCACAGCUGUGGCAUUUGUAACUUACAAAAAGAAGAAAGCUCCUGACGAUGGCUCUGAGCAGUCUGAGAGACUAAAUCCACAAAGCUGACUGUCCUGCAAAGAAAUCUUCACUUCACUGUCUGUGUGACUUUCCUCCAGCUGCUUCAGUUUAUUCCAAAGUUCAAAGACAUGUUAAAAACACCAGUAAAUAAAUAAAGCACAGGUAAUGAUCACUGUGAACAGGCUGCUAUACUUGCUGUAAAUUAGUACAUGGUCAUAUAUUUGUAUCUAGGUGCUGUGUGUACAUGUUUCAUGCAUUUGUGAUUUUAUUCGGCUUCAGAAUGUUAUCACCAUAUCGAUGCAGUGGGAUCACAAGUCUGCUAAAAAGCAAAAGUAAAUGUUUCAACUUUAUUGAUAGUUAUGCAUCUGACAAUGACAGUUUGUUAGACCUGAAGUGUGUGAUUUUACUGAGACGUUGGCAGCGUACAAAGCAUGCAGUAUUUUUCAAAUGACACCAAAACAUCUGAAGGAUGACAGCAACGGACUCUCAUUUGAAAAUGAAAUGUUCUCAGUUUAUUAUUUUAUUCUUCUGUGAAAAUAACUAACCCGCGAUUUCCUGCAUUUGAUCUGUGAGGUCACAUGAUCCUGAUCUUUGACCACCUUUGGCUACAUCCUAAUUCAAACAAGGAAAACUGUUGUUUUGAUUCCACUAUAACUUCCUCAGUGUUCUGUCUCAUGUAU